AUGUCACACCUGCAGUACUUCUCCUACCCUGGCGUUGGCGAACGCAACCGCCAAAAAUUCAAAUACAGCCAGGCCGUCCGCAUCGGCGACAGGAUCGAAUGCGCAGGACAAGGCGGCUGGAACCGCGAAACUGGCGAGUUCUACAAAGAAACCAAUGCGCAAAUCGACCAAGCGUUCGCGAAUGUUGAAGCAAACCUGAAGCACGCUGGUGGGGAAGGAUGGAGCCAGGUGUUUCGAGUAAAUAGCUACCAUGUGCCUAUUAAUAAUGAAGCGUUAGAGGCAAUGGUCCGCAAUUUCCGGAAGUACAUGCCGAACCACGAACCAAUUUGGACAUGUGUGGGCUCGCCUGCAACUUUGGGAAGCGUGAGGGUGAUUACUACAGUUACACCUUCGGGCUCUCCACAGCUUCUUAAGGGACUGCAUACCAGCAAUGGACAUUCCUUUCGCUUUGGUGUCUACGAACAUAUCGUCCACAGUAUGACAGCGCCCAAAAUAAAUGUGACUGGCAUUCCUACCCAAGCACGCGGCGGCAACAAGGGAACCCCGACACCGCACGAGGUUUAUAUUUCAGCCUGUUAG